AUGGACUGGAAGCCUCUCCCCCUCGAGACCGCGGAGGCCAACGUCGUGCUGCAGGGCGAGCGCGUGGAUUUCACGCUAGAGAACGGGUGGGCUGGCGUCCCGCUGCUGUCGGCGUGGCAGAUCGCCGCGUACCCCCAAGACACAACUCUCCGGAACAUGGACGCGUACAUCCCCUGCCCGAUCACUGUGUCGAUCCAGUUUCCGGGGUGCCGGGCCCACUGCCCAGCGACCUUCGCACAGAUGUCACGCAAGGAGCUCGCGAAACGGCUCGCUGAAAAAAUCAUAAACGUCAUCAACAAGGACGAGCCCGCUUACAAACGCGCUGGCACCGUCCGUCCGGAAUACGUGCGGCUCAAAGCCAUCCAGCGCUUGACCCAGGGCACCUGGGGGGUCGAGCUCGAGAUCUUUGACAGGUCGUAG